AUGAGAAUAUUUAUUAAUAAUGUAAACACAUAUAGUGGUAGUUGUUUAUGCGAAACAUUCGAUGAAAUAGGAAAAAAAAAAACUGAAAUAUAUGGAACUCUUUCAGAAAAUGAGAAAGAAGAAAAUUCUAUAAUAUAUAUUUAUGACAAUGUAAAAAAAAUAAUAUCAAAAAUACCUAAAGACAAUAUAAUCAAAAAUAUUUUAAAAUGUGAUCUGAUUAUUUAUGAUUUACAUAAUACUAAUAUAGAAGAAAUAGAAUAUAUUAUAAGAAAAUUAAAAUAUGAAAAAUUAAAUAAAAAAGUUACUUUUAUUUUGAUUUCCUCUAUAAUGACAUGGAAUAAAACAAAAAGAAAAUUUAUAAAAAAAAAAAUUGAAGAAAUAAAAAAUAAUAGCGGAAAUAAUGAAGAAUUAAUAGAAAAUAAAAAUCUUGAAAAUAAAAAUUCAUUAUAUGAAAAAAAUAACACAAAUGAUGAAGACAAUGAAUCAAAAUAUAUAUGUAUUCCACAAGUAUUUAGUGAGUCGGAUUAUUUCAAAAGAAUGUCAUCUAAUUACUUUGAAGAGUAUAAAAGUGUUGAAACUCUUAUACUAUCUUUAAAUUCUAUUAAAAAUUUAAAUACAUAUGUAGUAGCAUCAGGAUUAUUAUAUGGAAAUGGUGAAAAUAUAUUUUUUUCUAUCUUUAAAAAUGCUUGGUUAAGUAAAGAUAAUCAUAUUAUCGAUAAAGGAAAUAAUUACAUUCCUGUAAUUCAUAUAAAAGGUUUAUGUGAAUAUAUAAAAGAAUUAUAUUUAAGUGAAUCAACAAAAAAGUAUUUAAUAGCUGUUGAUAAUGAAUUUAUUACACAAAAAAAGCUUAUAGAAACUGUAGCAAAUCAUAUUUCAGGUAAUAAUAAUUUUAUAAAUGUUCCAUCUAAUGAUUGUUUAUUUUUAGAGAAUGCUGAAUAUUUAUGUGUUAAUUUAAGAUUUUCAUGCACAAAUUUUUAUUAUAAUAAUGAAAAAAAAAAGAAAAAUUCCAAAAAAAAAAAAAGAAGCAGUUCUAAUGAUGAUGAAAAUAAUAAAAGUGAGACGGAUGAAAUAAAAGAAAAUGAGGAUGAUGAAGAAAAAGAAGAUGAAGAUGAAGAGGAAGAUGAUGAAGAAAAAGAAGAUGAAGAAGAAGAAGAAGAUGAAGAAAAAGAAGAUCAAGAAGAAGAAGAAGAUGAAGAAAAAGAAGAUGAAGAAGAAGAAGAAGAUGAGGAGAAGAAGAAAAAGGAAAAGAAGAAGAAAAAGAAGAAGAAGAAGAAGGAGGAGGAUGAAGACGAAGAGGAAGAAGAGGAGGAAGAUGAAGAGGAAGAAAAGGAAGAAGAUGAUGAAGAAGAUGAAGAAGAAGAAGAAGAUGAAGAAAAAGGAGAAAAAGACAAGGAAGAUGAAGAUGAAGAUGAAGAAGAGGAAGAAAAAAAAAAGGAAGAAAAAAAUAAUCAUAUACGUAAAAAAAAAAAAAAAAAAUAUUUAAUUAAAUUUCACUGUUCUGAUGGUUUUUCAAAAAAUAUUUCUAUUCUAUCUAGAGAAUUUUGUGAACACAGAAAUCUCAAAGUUUUAAAAAUUUUAAUUUUGGGUCCCCCUGGAAGCGGAAAAUCAUUUAUAGCUAAAAAAAUAUGUGAACAUUAUAAUUUAACACUAUGUUCAACUAACUCAUUGAUUGAUGAAUAUAAAAAUAAUAAUUAUAGUUUUCCUGAUUAUUAUAAAAAAUACUUAAAUGAACUAGAAAAUGAAAAAAAAAAAAAUGUUAAAAAAAUAAAGUUAAAAUUAGAUGAUCUUUCGUCUAUUUUUUAUAAAAAGUUAGAAAAUAAUGAAUGCAAAUUUAGAGGAUUCGUUUUAGACUUUUUCCCUAGAAACUAUGAUGAAGCAAAAUAUUUUUUUGAAAAUUAUUGUACAAAUGAUGAACAAAUAAAAAAAAUUACUGGAAGCAAUAUAAAUCUGAAUAAAGAAAAUCACAAAUAUAAGAAAGAAAAAAAAAAGAAAAAUAAAAAUAGUGAAAAUGAAAAAGAUGAAGAAGAAAAUGAAGAAAUGGAAAAAAAUGAUGAAGUUGAAGAUGAAGAGAAAGAAGAAGAAGAAACGGAAGAAGAAGAGGAAGAGGAAGAAGAAACGGAAGGAGAAGCGGAAGAAGAUGAAACAGAUGAAAAAAAAGAUGAAGACGAGGAAGUUAAAGAUGAAGAAAAAGGUGAAGAGUCAUAUGAAGAUGAAACAAAAGAAGAAAACGAAAGUAAUAAAAGCGAAAUAAGUACUAAUAAGUCAAAUAACAAUAAUUCUCUUUCUAAUUCUGAUGAUUCUUUAAAAAAAAAUGGCACUAAUAGAGAUACAAUAAUAUCAAAAAAAAAGAAAAAAAAAGAAAAGGUUAUUAAAUACACAAAUAAUUUGAUAAUGCCUGAAUUUAUCGUUAUAUUAAAGGCUAAAGAAGAAUUAUGUAGAAAAAGAAUGAUGAACUUACCUGAAGAGGAAAUCAUAAAAGGACACAAUGAUGAAAAUGGAUUUGAAAGGAGAUUCAAAAAAUAUACAAAUGAAAAUUGUAGAAAUGAUUAUUUUGAAAAUGAUGAAAAAAAAACUAUUGAAGAUUAUUUUAUAGAAAAAGAGAUAGAAGUGUUUAAUGUAAAUAUAAGUGAAGAUUCAUUGUUAGAAGAUAUUUUAACAAACAUUUUUAUUUAUAUUGAAAAAAAUAAAAAAUUUUAUAAUUUUUUGCCAUCAACAGAUGAAAUUUUGAAAAAAAAAUUAGAACAAAGAGAAUUAUACUUGGUAGAUGAAAAAGAAAGUGUAAAAAAAAUUGAAGGAGAUAUAGUAAUUAAUGAAAUGAAUAGAAAUGAGGAAUUGAUAAAAGCAGAAAAAAAAAGACAGCAAUUAUUACUUGAACACCAACAAAAGUAUAUUCAUAAUCAAUCGGUUCCUUUGAGGUUUUAUUUAAUUAAAAACAUUUUACCAAUAUUAACUGAUGCAUUAAUAUAUAUUUGUAAAACAAAACCUAAGAAUCCAUGCUUACAUAUUGCAGAAUAUUUAUUAAAAAAUGCGCAUAAAUAUAAUGUUGAUGAACAAGAUUUAGAUGUUAUAGAAGAAACUGAAAAAGUAAAAAUAGAAGAAGAAUUAAAAGAAAAAAAUAUAUAA